GUAAUUUUUAGUGUAUCAUUGACAUUAUGGAUAUGGAUAGGUUAGUAUGCUUAGGAAUUAUUACUUCUCCUCAUGGGAUUAAAGGCGCUGUAAAAAUCAAAACUUUCACCGAAAAACCUGAAAAUAUUUUUUCGUAUGGUGAACUAAUCAACGGUGAUGAAAGUUAUAAAAUAGAUUCAAUGUCUAUUAUAGGCGGUAAUUUAGUAAUAGCUACAUUUAAUGGUAUAAAUUCUCGCAAUGAAGCAGAACUAUUGCGAAAUAAGAAGUUAUAUGCAACACAGGACAAGUUGCCAGAAUUGGACAAUGAAAAUGAAUUUUAUCACAAUGAUCUCAUAGAUAUGGAAGUAAAACUAGAAAACAAUGAAUCAUAUGGUUAUGUAAAAUCUGUACAUAAUUUCGGGUCAGGAGAUAUAUUAGAAAUUUUAGUAACCAGCACAAAAAAAAAUAUUAUGUUGUCGUUUACUCAAGAAAUAUUUCCACACAUAAACGUUAAAAAGAGGUAUAUAGUGUUAAGCAUACCAGAAUUCGUUGAUUAACCACACAGUGCACUCUUUUAGAAACUCCCGACCAUAUGAAGGGAAAUAAAAACUUUGAUUUUCAGACAAAAGCUAUUUAUAAUGGCUGCAUCAAGGCAAAAGUAAUCCUAUGGCAGAAAGAGCAAAUGAUAUCAGACCAGGGCAGGUUCUGGAACAUAACGGUAGUUUGUUUCA